UCUUCGUGAACGGUUCUGUCGUUAUCGAGAAUCGAUAAUAAUCCAUGAAUGUUUGGAAAAAACAGAAAUGCAUCCUGUCAAGUUUGUUUUCUUAAUAAUAAUUGGACACGUUAUUGCAGUAAACAAUGGAGAGAAUAUUUGUUCUGAUGUGAAAGCUGCCACCUGUUGUGCCAAAAUUAGGCCGUUGGAAAAUGGCCAAAAGAAACCAGCUGAACUGACGCCCCCAACAAAACAAAAGAAUCGAAGCAGAAAAUACGAAUUGCAAAUUUUAAAAAAACAAAACGAAAAUUUCUCAAUACAUAAUAAUGAAUUGGGCGAGUCUAUUGGUCAACUCAAUGCAACUGUUCAGACUCUAAGGGAAAAUAUUUCGAAAAUUGAAAGAUAUGUUGACCAACAAUGGAAUUCCGAAAUAGAGAAAACUGAAUUACGAUUACAACAAAAAUACGACAUAAACUGCGGUGAAAGUUUGAAAAGACAGAUCAAGAUAGAUCAGCUCGAGAAAGAAAUUAAAACUUUAAAGAGUAGAAACGAAAGGUUGAAUAUCUCGUUAUCUAGUAAUAAACAAAAAAUAGAGGAUUUAAAAAGUCAGUUAGAUGUAAAGAAUAAAGCUCUACAUGAAUUUCAAGUAAAACCUAAAAAAUUUGACAAAUUCACUUAUUGUAACAAUCUUUCCACGGGUAUUCACGAUAUUGAAAUAGACGAAAUUUCUUCAAUAACUGCACGAUGCAAUAAUGAUAUCGCCGGCGGUAAUUGGAUGGUCAUUUUAAAUCGUUUUGAUGGCAGUGAAAAUUUUACCAGAAGCUGGAAUGAAUUUCGCAUGGGUUUCGGUAAUUUAAACGGAGAGUUUUUCAUUGGUCUCGAUCAUCUUCAUCGCAUUACCAACUCUCAGCAGUUUGAACUUUAUGUGGAAUAUAAAUAUUUCGAUGGUAUAAAAGGUUUUGCUCGCUAUGAUAAUUUCAGAAUAGGCAACGAGAAUACUGGUUAUGUUCUUAAGUCAUUGGGUGCCUUUUAUGGCUCUAACAUAGAUGAUCUCAUGACGAGUAACAAUUUAAAUCAAAAAUUCACGACCUACGACAAGGACAACAAUAAAGAUUAUAGAAAUUGUGCCCAAACAUUCAAGGGUGCUUGGUGGUUUGGGUUCUGCAGGGGACCAAAUCCUCUUGCACAAUAUUCACGCAAUGCAAGAUCCAGCGAAUUAUCGAGUAUGAGCUGGAAUGGAUUUAAUCCUAUUCGAUCAAUUCUAAUGCUAAUUCGUCCAAAACAAUAAUUAUUCAAUUAAAGCUAUCCAAUUUCUUGCCUAGCUGGACACCCAUUUUAUAUAGGACAUGAUAAACAAAAAAAUAUAAAUCAAAGAAUCCGAAUUUUCUAUAUGCUGGCAAUUACAUAUAUUUACAUUCAUAUAAUGAA